AGUAUCUUCGACGUCUGGGAACCCGGAAGCGCUCAUCCAUCGACAGCGGCUGCUAUUCAUUGCGGCUGCGGCGACUCCAAUCACCUGCGACAGGCGCAUCCAUCCGUGUCGGGCGCCCGGGAUAUUCACUUUUGUAGUUGGCUAGAACGCUAACGACGAUGGCUGGUCGACUGCCGGCUUGCGUUGUCGACUGCGGCACAGGGUACACGAAGCUGGGAUAUGCUGGAAACACGGAGCCACAGUUCAUCAUACCAUCAUGCAUUGCAAUCAAAGAGUCAGCAAAAGUUGGCGACCAGGCACAGCGCAGGAUGAUGAAGGGCGUUGAUGAUCUGGAUUUCUUCAUUGGAGAUGAAGCCAUCGAUAAACCGUCAUAUGCAACAAAGUGGCCAAUCCGCCAUGGAAUAGUAGAAGAUUGGGACCUGAUGGAGAGGUUCAUGGAGCAGGUCAUCUUCAAGUAUCUGCGGGCAGAACCUGAAGAUCAUUACUUCCUCCUGACGGAGCCGCCAUUAAACACACCAGAAAACCGAGAGUACACGGCAGAGAUCAUGUUUGAGUCCUUCAACGUCCCCGGCCUCUACAUCGCCGUUCAGGCUGUCCUGGCGCUAGCAGCCUCCUGGACGUCCCGACAGGUGGGCGAGCGGACUUUGACCGGGACGGUGAUUGACAGCGGCGAUGGCGUUACACACGUCAUCCCAGUGGCGGAGGGCUACGUCAUCGGCAGCUGUAUCAAACACAUCCCCAUCGCCGGUCGUGACAUUACCUACUUCAUCCAGCAGCUGCUGAGAGAACGAGAAGUGGGGAUCCCGCCUGAGCAGUCGCUGGAGACGGCUAAAGCUGUCAAGGAACGCUUCAGCUAUGUUUGCCCUGACCUAGUCAAGGAGUUCAACAAGUACGACACAGACGGGUCCAAGUGGAUCAAGCAGUACACAGGCGUCAACGCCAUCACCAAGAAAGAGUUCCAGAUAGAUGUCGGCUAUGAGCGCUUCUUAGGGCCGGAGAUUUUCUUCCACCCUGAGUUUGCCAAUCCAGAUUUCACACAGCCCAUCUCCGAGGUGGUAGAUGAGGUGAUCCAGAACUGCCCCAUUGAUGUCCGCCGUCCGCUCUACAAGAACAUUGUGCUCUCUGGGGGAUCGACUAUGUUCCGAGACUUUGGCAGGCGUAUGCAGAGGGAUCUUAAGCGGACAGUGGACGCACGGCUGAAAAUCAGUGAGGAGCUGAGCGGUGGCAAGUUGAAGCCAAAGCCCAUUGACGUGCAGGUCAUCACGCAUCACAUGCAGCGCUACGCCGUCUGGUUCGGAGGAUCGAUGCUGGCGUCCACCCCCGAGUUCUACCAAGUGUGCCACACCAAGAAAGACUAUGAGGAAAUCGGGCCAAGCAUCUGCCGUCACAACCCCGUGUUCGGAGUCAUGUCUUAGGGCCCAGCGCAGCUCGAGGGGAAAAGGAUGAAGCGCCAUACGACCUCACGCUGUGGCGGUCACAUAAGCCUUGUGGCUGUGCGAACCAAACAAGCAACAUCCUCCAUCAAUUAGAAGGGACAAGUGAAGAAGACUCCAAUUUAGUUUCCUGCAAAUAGUUAAAUAAUCGCUGGUAAAUGUAUAAUUUCUGCGUGGCAAACAUCCUUACAGGUUUGUAACCUUCUUACUCAACAUAUGUCCCAACACUUCGCUUGUUGUCUGCCAGGGGGCUAAAUAAAAGAUGCGUCAUCCAA